CUUCCUUCUCCUUCAACUACUUUCCUCUUCUCUCCCAAUCCUCGUCGAUUGUUCUCCUAGGCCUGUCGGUCGAUCUGUUUCAUCAUGUCGACGCUGGCGGAGAAGCUUGAGAAGAUCAAGUCCCCCAAACUGCAGAAUCAGCACCAUACGGCGGUGGUGCUCUCUGCAGUGGAGGACACGCUUCGCGAUCAAAAAGCCGAUUUUUCUGCGACCGCAUACUUCGCAGCCUUACUCGCCCUGCUCUCCCAGUCGCUUUCCGCUGAGCAGGGCAUCGUCAGCAAGGACCUGGCCACCUCCGUGGUCUACCUGCUCGACAUCGUCACCGCUUAUGUCCCCGCUCCCAUCCUCCGCUCCAAAUUCUCGCAGAUCCUCACCAGUCUCGCGCCCGCGCUUUCCCUGCCCGAGGUUGACGCUCCGCUCCUGCGACCUUCCAUCGGCUGUCUCGAAUCGCUGCUCAUCGCCCAAGAUGCCGCUGCGUGGAAUCUGCCGCACACCCAGAUCGGUCCCCGGCGGGCCAUCGCGGGCCUGCUCAGUUUGGCCGUCGACCACCGGCCCAAGGUGCGCAAGAGGGCGCAGGAUUCCCUGAUCGCGGUGCUCCGGGCCCCGCCCCCGAGCCCGUCGCUCGAUCACCCCGCUGCCGAUAUGUGCGCAGAGACCGGCCUGCGCACGCUGGGCGAUAGCAUCGCUGCGGCGGCGAAGCAAAAGCGAGGUCGCCACGACCAGCAAGGCCGAGAGAAUCACGAUCCUCUGGUCAUCCACUCUCUGCAGCUAGUGAAGACGGUCGCGACCGCAUCGGGAGGCUGGCCCAGCAAGAAGAUCGAGCCCUUGUGCGAGCUACUGAUGAACGCUUCCCGGUCCACCAACGAGUAUAUCACGAUGGGUGCCUUUGAGGUCUUCGAGGUGAUCUUUUCCAGCAUGGCCAACGAGUUCUCCUCGUCGAAACUCCCCCGUCUGUUGGACGCGAUCUCGGAAUUGAAGCCCGCGCAGAACGAUUCGCAGCUCUUGCCGCCGUGGAUUGCUGUCUUGUCCCGCGGAUACGAUGUCUCCGCUCAGGUUGCCCCCGAGGAUACUUUCGAGAAGCUCCCGGCUCUGUUCGACCUGAUUUCGGGUUAUCUGACUUCGCCGUCGAGCAACAUCCGCGUGUCGGCGUCGGAAUGCCUGGUCUCGUUCCUGGCCAACUGCAUCCCGAACAGCGUGAUCAUCGAGCCGUCGAUCUACGACGAGAAGACCCUGGAGAAGCUGGCCAAGGCCGCGACGGGUCUCCUGUCGGUGAAGUACCAGACCGCAUGGAUGGAAGUGUUCAAUGUCUGCUCGGCCGCGUUCGACUGCUUCAAGUGGCGGGCGAGCCCCUUCCUGGAGGACAUUGUCCGGAUUGUGGGAGAACUCCGCACUAACGAGUCGUUCCACGGGAAGAAGGAGGCCGACCAGGUUCUCGGCAGUGCGGUUGAGGCUAUGGGUCCGGCGGCGGUUCUGGAAAUCCUGCCUCUGAACAUCAUCGAUCAGAAGGCCGGCCAGCCUGGCCGCGUGUGGUUCCUCCCCAUUCUUCGGGACCAUGUCACCAACACGAACUUGGGCCAUUUCCGCUCUGAGCUUGUUCCUCUGAGUGAAUCUUUGUACCAGAAGAGGACGGACUACGCCUCUGCGGAGAAGACGGUCGAGGCGAAGAUCUUCGAGACCCUCGUCCAGCAGACGUGGUCCAUUCUUCCGGGGUACUGCGAGCUGCCCUUGGAUCUGGUGGAGAGCUUUGACCAGUCCUUUGCUGAGCUCCUCUCCAACGUUCUCUAUAAACAGACGGAUCUCCGUGUGGAGAUCUGCAAGGCCCUGCAGAACUUGGUGGAUUCGAACCAGGCCAUCUUGUCGGUGGAGUCAGAAGGUGACGACCUGAUCCUUCAGCGGAGAAUCACCAAGAAGGCGGCCAAGAAGAACCUCGCCCACCUUUCCUCGUUCGCGAGUAACUUGCUUGCGGUGUUGUUCAACGUAUACAGCCAGACGUUGCCCCACUACCGAGGCUACAUCCUCCAGUGUAUCAACUCUUACCUGAGCAUCACCCCGGAGAAGGAACUGAACGAAACAUUCACCCGCGUUACUUCUAUGCUCGAGUCGUCCGUGGCCUCCGAGCAGGAGACCGCAAGCAAGCAAGGUGGCCACCAGCAGGGUGGAUCCGGCAACAAGAUGCCGCCGACUUCUCACACUCUCAUUGACUUGGUUAUUGCCAUGUCGAUCUACCUCCCUCGGACGAGCUUUGCGAGCCUCUUCGCUAUGGCCGCGAACAUCCUGAACGGCAUCACCGGCGACCAGCAGCUGAUCAAGAAGGCCUACAAGCUAAUCCCCCGCCUGGCUUCGACAGAAACCGGGGCCGAGGCCCUGGUGGAACGGAGCUCGGAGCUCCAGACUCUUAUCCUGUCGACUGCAGACAAGACCCCGGCAUCUGCGCGCCGAGACCGCAUGCUCGCCAUCGACGAACUGGUCACAUACCUUCCCACCUCUGACUUGCAUUUCAUUCCCUCCAUCCUCUCCGAGGUGGUCCUCGGAUGCAAGGAGAGUAACGAGAAGGCCCGGACCGCCUCUUUCGACCUUCUCGUCCACCUCGCGAAGAGGACGGCCGAUGAGGAGCGCAACCCCGCCGGCACCAAGAUCCGCAACUCGCUGGUGCCCCAUAUGCCCGAUGACGCCCCGGAUGCCCCGGCCACCAUCGACGAGUUCUUCACCAUGGUCUCGGCCGGUCUGGCGGGUAGCUCACCCCACAUGGUCGCCGCGUCGGUGACGGCGCUGUCGCGACUGUUCUUCGACUUCCACAAGCAGCUCCAACCCAAUGUGCAAUCCGACCUUGUGCAGACCGUAGAGUUGUUCCUCACUAGCAACAACCGCGAAAUCGUCCGCUCUGUCCUCGGCUUCGCCAAGGUGGCCGUCGUCGUCCUGCCGGACGAUCUUCUCCGCCCCCGCCUGGCCACUAUGGUUCCCAACCUCAUGGUCUGGAGCAAGGAGCACAAGGGCCGCCUGCGCAGCAAGGUCAAGGGUAUCCUGGACCGACUGAUGCGUCGCUUCGGCGCCGCCGCCAUCGAAGAGGUCGUCGGCGACGAGGACCGCAAACUGGUCACCAACAUCCGCAAGCUGCGCGAACGCCGCAAGAAGAAGAAGGCCGGCGAGAACGACGAAGACGAGGACGAAGACAACGCCAAGAACAAGACUGCCGCCGCCCCCAGCGACGGCAAGGCCUUCUCCAACGCCUUCGACAAAGCCGUCUACGACGACUCCGACCUCUCGGGCUCCGACCUGGGCUCCGACGACGACGCCAGCGAGAUCGAGAUCGACGCAGAGGGCACCAUGCGCGCCAACAAAGGCGCCAACGCCGCAGGCCGCGGCAAGCCCGGCAAGAAGCCCAGACAGCAGAGCGGAAACGAGCAGUACAUCCGCGAGAUGUCGCCCGAGGACAACCCGCUCGAUCUGCUGGCCCCCGACGCCCUGGCGCACAUCUCCACGACGAAGCCCAGCGUGCGCUUCCUCAACACGGGCCCCGGCUCGCGCCGCAAGCACGCCGCCAAGUACGGCCCCGACGGCCGUCUUCUCCUGGGCGACGACGACGCAGACGCAGGCGCAGCCGGCCUGGACGGCGAGGCUGGCGCCGGCGAAAGCGGCAUCAAUGCCUACGUCGCGGCUGUUAGCGGCCCCGACGCCGUGCGCCGCGGCCAGCGUGGAAAGUACAAGAUGGGCCAGUCCCAGCAGAAGAGGAACGCCGGCGGUGACGACAUGGACAUUGACGAUGGCGGCAACGACGCCGAUGCCAGGAAGAGGCCCUCCGAUGGUGGCCGCCGCGGACUGGGUGCGCCUAAGGUCCACGGAGCGAGCAGUAGCAACAGCCGGAUCCAGAAGCGACGGAAUCCCAGAGGUCGCGGUGGGGGUUUCCGUGGACAGAGGGGGAGAAGGUAAACUUGAUGACCGAAAAACGGGUUUCUUCUGUGUUCGAAUCCAUAUUUCCAUAUGAUUGUCAGAUCAGACGGAUCAAAUCGCCAUCAGAGUCUACUGGAAGAGUGGAAGGUACCGUACGGACGGUAUUGUAUUGAAUGGAAUGGAAUGAAAUGAAAUGA